CCGAGGAUCCCCGGGGCGCCGAGCUGCCGGUGCCGGUUCAGGACUACAAGUCCCGCCGUGCCCGCCGGCCCCUGCCUCCGGAAGAGCCGCCGCCUCCCCGGGACUUCCUGAGGGCCGGCCUGGCGGCGGGGCUGGUGAGAAGAAAAAUGACCUAAGCACCACCCGAACUUUGUGGCCCAGGACAGGAGCAGGGUUGGAGCAUGGCUUUGCCUGGAAGCUUGCGGAGGCAGCCCGCAAACAAGGGCCUGGUGUCCCACUGCACUCACCACCACAUUGCUGUCUUCCUGCUCACCUUCUUCAGCUACUCCUUGCUCCAUGCUUCCAGAAAGACAUUCAGUAAUGUCAAAGUCAGCAUUUCGAGCCAGUGGACGCCCUCCUGCCUAAACAGCACAGCCCUUGAGCUCCGGCCAUAUGAGCUCUGGAACAGCAGCCAUUUGUUUCCAAAUGCAGAAGAAGCAACUCUCUUCUUGGGAACAUUGGACACUAUCUUUUUGUUCUCCUAUGCUGUGGGUCUCUUUGUCAGUGGCAUUGUUGGGGAUCGCCUGAACUUACGCUGGGUUUUGUCUUUUGGCAUGUGUUCAUCUGCUCUGGUGGUAUUCUUCUUUGGCACGCUCACAGAAUGGUUGCAUUUCUACAACAAGUGGUUCUACUGCUGUCUCUGGAUUGUGAAUGGCUUGCUGCAGUCCACCGGUUGGCCCUGCGUGGUUGCUGUCAUGGGCAAUUGGUUUGGAAAAGCUGGGAGAGGCUUUGUGUUUGGACUCUGGAGUGCCUGUGCAUCUGUGGGAAAUAUCCUUGGGGCAUUCCUUGCCUCCUGCGUUCUCAAAUACGGCUACGAGUAUGCUUUCUUGGUGACUGCCUCAGUCCAGUUUGCUGGAGGGGUCAUUGUCUUCUUUGGGCUCCUGACAUCACCAAAGGAAGUGGGCCUUCCUGAGCUUGGAGCCGACGAAGAAGGCAGUGUCGAGGAAGAUGCCAACAGACCUUUAAUGGGUGAUGACGAUGUGGAUGAUGAUGACCGCAACUACUCCAUUCAAGCAGCUGACACUGACAGCCAGCCAAAGGCCAUUGGCUUUUUCCAGGCUUGUUGCCUUCCAGGUGUAAUACUGUACUCUUUGGCCUAUGCCUGCUUGAAACUGGUGAAUUACUCAUUCUUCUUCUGGCUGCCCUUCUACCUCAGUAACAACUUUGGAUGGAAAGAAGCAGAAGCUGACCAGCUCUCCAUCUGGUAUGAUGUGGGAGGAAUCGUAGGUGGGACUAUCCAGGGCUUGAUUUCUGACGUACUCCAGAAGAGAGCCCCAGUGCUAGCAAUUAGCCUGCUCUUUGCUGUAGGCUCUCUCUUUGGAUACAGCCGUUCUCCCAACAGCAAACCUAUCAAUGCUGUGAUCAUGGCAAUUACAGGAUUUUUCAUUGGAGGCCCUUCUAACAUGAUCAGUUCUGCAAUUUCUGCUGACCUGGGGCGUCAGGACCUGGUGAGAGGCAGCAGCGAGGCGCUGGCAACGGUCACGGGAAUUGUGGAUGGAACGGGCAGUAUUGGUGCUGCAGUGGGCCAGUAUUUAGUGUCCUUGAUCCAGGAGAACCUAGGAUGGAUGUGGGUUUUCUAUUUCUUUAUUCUAAUGACGAGUUCAACAAUCCUGUUCAUUUCACCAUUAAUAGUGAGGGAGAUCAGAUUGCUUCUGCAUGAGCGGCGCCUGCGGAUGCUGGCUGAGUGACUUCUGCUUGCCUCUGGGAGGACGGUUGUCCGGGCCUGACAGCUGGGACGCUAAUCAGAUCUCUGGGAGACUCGUUUGUUUCAUCCUCCAGGUUUGGACGUACUCAAACUAGCUCUGUGAGAUGCGAUUGACCUGCCCUUCCACACUCAAUAUCGAAGUACCAAAUACCCGUCCUGAGACCGUCCACAUCAUGGAGCUGCUGAUCUAAGCUAGACAAUCCCUGGGGCUGGUGGAUUGUCCCAGCCUACCAGACUCUUCCCUGCCAGCAGUCACACUGGGGCCUGCUGCUGGGUGGUCUCACUGCUAUACCCUUUCUUAUUUAUUUCUGGAUGUCCUGGCCAAAGGUCAGGUGUUUAAAACUGACAUUGAGAGGCUGUCUUGUAAUGAGUCUUGAUGCUUUGUUGUGCUGGCAGAAGCAUACACUGCAUUUCAUGGGUAGUCUACGUAGCUUUUAGAAAGGGCAAAACUAUUUGGAAUUUGUGCUGUCCAAUUGUUUCAAAAAUACUGUUGCUAAAUCUCUGCAGAGAUGGGCCUCUGCUACCCCUAGGUAAUAACUCUCAUAUUCCAGUAGAUUUGCAUGGAGAGGUUAACUCCAUAUUUGUUUUUAGCGGUUUUUAUUAAUAAUAUUACUACUAAUCUCUGGGAAAUGAGAUGUCAGUUUUUAAACAUUUAAGCAGACAAAUAGUGUGCAAUACUUGGAUAAUGUUUUACUGUGAUCUCUGAGAAAAAGCCUUAACAGAUCCUUUGCCUCUAAAGGAACCUUGAAUGGCUUUGGGGAUCAGUCCCGGGACACAAAUACUUUCACUACCAGUUUGUUUUCUGAACUUUUAUCAGUACUGACCAAAAUGGGAUUGUCUGGUGACACUGAAGGAAGCUGGUGUCACUGAUUUCAUUCUCAUGAGGCAACUGCUUUUAUCUCCAGCAAGGGAAAAAUCAGAACUGAAUUAAAUGAAAUUAAGGGACCUGGCUGCUCUCAGAGGUGGGCUUCCAGACAGGGACGGAAGCUUCCUCGUGGAACAGUAUCAAGAACCAAGUGCUGCUGUCUCCCCCGUGUUCCUCUGCCUAUGGCUGCGUAGGGGACCUCAGACUCCAGGGUUUGGAAGCUGAUCUGUAUCUUGAAGAGGAGAAUAGAUGCGAGUGAGCUCCGAAAACGUGACUACACUUAGUAUGGGAGUAUUUGAGCAUUUUGCAGUACCGCGGUAAGCAGAGAAGCUGGCUGACACCUCUGACAUUUGUUGGUGCUGUUAAUGGGAUCACUGAAUAACUUCUCAACAAAUUGUUUUCUGCCUUUGCCUUGGGAUGUUCCGUUGUGGUGUGCGUGUGUUAGCCAGCAGAACUUCUGAUCAAGCACUCCAUCCACCUAGUCAGCGAUGCCUGGAAUGGGGGCGAUGAGGGCGCAAAAAUUCUUGGAACUGAAAAUCUGAAACAUUUUUUAAUGGGAAAAGUUGCCUUUUUAAAAUGUACGGUGAUUUGUUUUUUUAAUUUAUGAAUGUCAAUUUUUAGUCACGUGACGAUUGUAACGAGUGGAGCAUUAUUAGUGCCUUACGGUCUUACUGUACGGAACGGUUGCUUGGUGAUUGCUGCUUCUGCAGUGGUGGCUCUGUGCAUAGCUUUGCUUACUGGGAAACUUGGUUGCUUCAUUUUUACACUUUUUUUUAGAGUCUUUUCCUUUCUCGUUGGAGGUGAUUCGUGCAUUUUUUGCUAAUCCUCAAAAUUUCAGUGCUUGGGAAAACGAUGGCAUUAAUCUGACAGGGGACCUGAAAUCCUGUUCCUGUCUCUUCUCAUUCCUAUUCCAAUUUUGCCUGUAUAAUUAGAGCAGGGGACUGAGAAUCUCUCACCGUGUUCUCGGAAUUAUGCCCUGGGGCUGCCGUUCACAUCCCAAGCUACUCAUUAGCCCCCCAUGCAAAUAGAAUCAAAACUCCUUGAAAUCGAUGGUGGCACCGUUUGCCCCGGCUGUGGUGUCUGAGACUCUCUGGUUUCAAAUUCCAGCCUGGAUGGGCUCUGUGGCUGGCCAGGCGCUAGAUAAGCUGCUGAUGAAAGGUGGGGUGGGAAAGGGACGUGGCCGGGGGCGGUGGGGAGGCAGGCCCCUGUAACAAAUGGCUUCCUGUAAACAGUUCUGUCCCCUCUGGAGAAGCGUCAGAUGUGCUGCGAGCUCUGCAAGCUGCCCAGCAGCUCGCCUGUACGUGUGCCGCUGCUCGGAGGCCCCUGUCAGUUAGCCAGGCGUUCCCCUGGCUUCAGGAUUUUUGUUGUUGUCGUCGUCCUGCGUUUUGGUUCUAUGUAUUUCCUCAAGGUGCUCAGACAGAGAACGGUUUUCAAUCUGAUAAUGUCCAAAAUGAUCUCAUAAAUAAACUUAAUCUGACUUGAACAUA